GUGUUACGCUUCGUCAAGGAUUUCAUCGAGCUUUUCGACAUCUCGCCACAGCAGACACGAGUUGCAGUAGUGCAGUACUCGGAUCGAAUUAGGCACGAGUUCGACCUGAAUCAAUAUCCCACUGCGCAACUUCUCAAACAGGCCAUCGAUCAUAUUCAGUAA